AUGGAAUGGCUCAAUGGUCACGGAAAUCUGAGAUAUAGAAAGCCUCCGUAGUGCCUUUAGUAGUGGGCGUGCAUAAAUAUAUAUGCAAGGGAGGGUCUUUAGUGCCCCCUCAUUCUUCGGCAGAAGCUCUUUCAUUCCUUCCCUUAUUCUUCUGCGUCAAGUCUCUCCCUCUCUCUUUAUCUCUCUCUCUGAAGAGGCAGCUGAGAACAAAUAAAAAUGGUCAAGAUCUGUUGCAUUGGAGCCGGCUAUGUCGGUGGACCUACCAUGGCUGUGAUUGCGCUGAAGUGCCCUGCAAUUGAAGUAGCUGUGGUCGAUAUAUCUGUAUCGCGAAUAAAUGCCUGGAACAGUGAGCAACUUCCCAUUUACGAGCCUGGCCUUGAAGAUGUAGUAAAGCAGUGCAGAGGAAAGAACCUCUUCUUCUCUACCGAUGUGGAGAAACAUGUUUCUGAGGCUGAUAUAGUCUUUGUUUCGGUUAACACCCCUACCAAAACUCAGGGCCUUGGAGCUGGCAAAGCAGCUGAUCUGACAUAUUGGGAGAGUGCUGCUCGAAUGAUUGCUGAUGUAUCAAAAUCUGACAAAAUUGUGGUUGAGAAAUCAACAGUGCCAGUGAAAACAGCUGAGGCAAUAGAAAAGAUUCUGACCCACAAUAGCAAGAAGAUCAACUUCCAAAUUCUCUCCAACCCAGAGUUUCUUGCUGAGGGAACUGCAAUUCAAGACCUUUUCAAUCCAGAUAGGGUUCUCAUCGGAGGUAGGGAGACCCCAGAAGGUGCAAAGGCAAUACAGGCAUUGAAAGAUGUUUAUGCACAUUGGGUCCCUGUGGAACGUAUAAUUUGUACUAACCUUUGGUCUGCUGAGCUUUCUAAGCUUGCUGCCAAUGCCUUCUUGGCACAGAGAAUCUCUUCUGUGAACGCCAUGUCAGCACUCUGUGAAGCCACCGGUGCAGAUGUCACCCAAGUUUCACAUGCUGUAGGCAAGGACUCAAGAAUUGGGCCCAAGUUCUUGAAUGCCAGUGUUGGUUUUGGAGGGUCCUGCUUCCAGAAGGACAUAUUGAACUUGGUCUACAUCUGUGAGUGCAAUGGUCUUCCCGAGGUUGCAAACUACUGGAAGCAGGUUAUUAAGGUGAACGACUACCAGAAGACACGGUUCGUGAAUCGGGUAGUCGCGUCAAUGUUCAACACAGUAUCAGGGAAGAAGAUUGCAAUUCUUGGGUUUGCCUUCAAGAAGGACACAGGUGAUACUAGGGAGACCCCAGCCAUUGAUGUGUGUAAAGGACUGUUGGGGGACAAAGCCCAGUUGAGCAUUUACGAUCCACAGGUGUCUGAGGAUCAGAUCAAGAGGGAUCUGUCGAUGAAGAAGUUUGAUUGGGAUCAUCCAGUUCAUCUUCAAUCAGCAGAUCCUACGUCCAUCACACAAGUUAGUGUGGUUGGGGAUGCUUAUGAGGCAACGAAGGGUUCUCAUGGAAUCUGCAUUCUGACUGAGUGGGAUGAGUUCAGGAAACUUGAUUACCAGAGGAUUUAUGAUAACAUGCAGAAGCCUGCAUUUGUGUUUGAUGGACGCAAUGUUGUGGAUGUUGAGAAGUUGAGAGAAAUUGGGUUUAUUGUUUACUCCAUUGGAAAGCCGCUAGAUUCAUGGCUCAAGGACAUGCCCGCUGUGGCAUAAGUAUAAUAAUGGAGAAGCAUAAUCCAUAUUGUCUUGUGGGCUUAAAGAGGUGGAAUGUUUGAGAGAAGAUCCUAUAAUAUUUUUAAAAUGUUCUUUCUUGUUUCGGGUUUUUGUCUUAUUUAUUUUCUCCAAUUAGAUGGUUUUAAGACACUACUUUCGGAACUCUGAAUCUGUCUUUAGUGAGAAGGAAAUCGGAUAUGUACUUCUUAUAUGCUAUCAAAACGUAAUAAAUCGAAACAUUAGUGCGAUUCUAAUUA